AUGUCAUAUGCCUCCUUCAUUAUUGGGGGUUUGUCUACCGGAGGGAUCAAUCCAACUUGGGAUUCUGGCCAUACAUCUACUUCAAAGGUGAAUGGGAAUGCAGUAGUUGCUUAUGAGGCACUGUCUAGUUUUAAAGAUGUUGCUAAUUCCGAGAAGCAAAACUUGUUUAUCAAAAAGCUGAAUUUGGGUUGUGUGGUAUUUGACUUCAUUGACCCAACGAAGAACGUGAAAGAAAAACACAUCAAGAAGCAGACAUUGGUGGAGCUUGUUGAUUACAUUACUUCUGCAAAUGGAAAAUUCACAGAAACCGUUAUGCAAGAGAUUGUGAGAAUGGUAUCCAUAAGUUUGUUCCGGGCGCUCUCUACUCAAUCAUGGUAG